AUGCAUGUCGAUGCCAAAGAUGUUCCCACGUCCUCGAUAGUUGCCAUUGUCGCUACGCUGGCCUCGGUCGCGCUAUUGAGCUUCUCGCUCAGACUCUACACUCGUGGAAGACUCCUACGCAGCCGAGAUACUGAUGAUUGGCUUCUUCUCGUUGCGGCACUAUGUACGGUCGGAGUCUUGGUAGUCACCAUCGUGUUGACGGUAGAGAAGCGAACAUGGUCUACUACAGCCGGUGGUGGUCAUACGGUGUCGCUUCUGGUGUGGGUGUUCGGGCUGAUUCAUAUCAUCGGUAUCGGCUUCAUCAAGUUGUCAGUGGCACUCACCGUGCUGAAGGUUGCUGGCCGAAGCUGGCACCGACACACCAUUUUGGGAUAUAUCUGCUUGACAACCGUCCUCACCGUACUCUGGUUCAGUUCCGCACUACUGUUCGGUGGCCCUAUCACUGUGAAUUGGAGCGCAGCUAGUGAUCCUGAGGCCACAUGGAAACUCCUCGGCUUCAUCAACAGCGUACUAGACCUAGCUACAAGUGUCCUGGUCGCCCUGCUUCCUCUUCCUUUACUAUGGAUCUUGCGUCCCGGGCUUUCAGUCAGAUUGACUCUGCUCUUUGUCUAUGUGUUAACCACUGUGGCCGUGGCUGCCGCAACCGCACGAGCAUAUUUCCUGCAUACCGUCUGGCAGAACACGAACGUGGACAACGCCAUAGCAUCGAUCAUGCUCUGUUCAUCUAUCGAGCUCACCGUGGGCAUGCUCGCGGCUUGUUUAUUCGCGCUACAGCCUCUGGUCUCUUCGAUCAGCCAAUGUCUGUCCGAUCGCCGCGCCAGUAAACAACUUUCAACUUCCACAGGCCCCUCGUCGCACCGAUAUCCUUCUCAGACAUACGCAUCGACAGAUACCGUGAUUCAUCGCCCCGAUGCUCCCCACCUUCUCACCCUUCGCUUCCACGAUGACGAGUCCAAUCUCGAUUUCGACAUCGAGACCCCCAACACUCGAACUCGAACGCAGACAUUGCGCUCUCGAGGCACUCACAGCCGUAAUGUCUCGGACUGGUCGCAAUUCUCAGGUUUCACCUACAACACUACCACAGCCAACUCCAUCCAUGAAGCAUCUCCACGCAGGUCGCGAGUGGUCAGCAUGAACGAGAUGGAACUCAGAACACGAACGAUUGGGGUGGGAAGAGCAGGUGCAGAAAAUGCGAACAUAGGAAUCGCUGUUACUACACUGCACGACAAACCUGUACGUGAUCCAGAGGCUGGCGAAGAGAUGGCGGAGUUGGCAAGGUUCUUCGCACAUAACAGCAAGGACUGGGGUACGGAGGUGUCGCGUAGUGUGCGCACAAGUGUGACGACGGAAGGAACUCGUGCAAGCCGUCACAGACCGAAUUACACAGGACCCGGAGCAGGAUGA